GAAUUCUUUUUGAUAUUUGAAGAGCCUUUUCUAACUGGGUUUUUUUUCCCCCAAUAUCUUCUUCAACCAAGUUUUCUAGAAAUUUCUGCUCUAGGACCCUGACAUCCUAAUGGGGUCUCUGUGUGAGUCUCUUUCUCUACCUUCCUCACUCUUCUCUCUCUACUCCUUUCUCCUUCUCCACUCUCCCCUUCCCCAACCAGGCCCGCUGAGCUGCAUUUCCUUUCCGCCUAAGGAAGAGAAGUACCUCCAGCAGAUUGUGGACUGCCUCCCUUGCAUACUGAUCCUCGGCCAGGAUUGUAAUGUCAAGUGCCAGCUGUUGAACCUGCUGUUGGGGGUGCAGGUGCUUCCUACCACCAAGCUGGGCAGUGAGGAGAGCUGUAAGCUUCGGCGCCUCCGCUUCACCUAUGGGACUCGGACUCGGGUCAGCCUGGCACUCCCUGGACAGUAUGAACUAGUGCACACGCUGGUUGCUCACCAGGGCAACUGGAAGACCAUCCCCGAGGAGGACCUGGAGGUCCAAGAGGACAAUGAGGACGCUGCUCAUGUUUUAGCCGAACUGGAGGUAACGAUGCACCAUGCUCUCUUACAGGAAGUGGACAUUGUAGUUGCACCGUGCCAAGCUCUCCGACCCACAGUGGAUGUUCUGGGUGACUUGGCGAAUGAUUUCUUGCCUGUGAUAACCUAUGCACUCCAUAAAGAUGAACUCUCUGAGAGGGAUGAGCAGGAACUUCAGGAAAUCCGAAAGUAUUUCUCCUUUCCUGUAUUCUUUUUCAAAGUGCCAACGCUAAGCUCAGAAAUAAUAGACUCCUCUACCAGGAGACCGGAGAGUGAUCGAUCACCACUUUACCGCCAGCUAAUUGACCUUGGCUAUCUGAGCAGCAGUCAUUGGAACUGUGGGGCUCCCAGCCAGGACACUAAAGCUCAGAGCAUACUGGUGGAGCAAAGUGAGAAACUGAAACAUUUGAGCACAUUUUCUCACCAGGUGCUACAGACUCGCCUGGUGGAUGCAGCCAAGGCCCUGAACCUAGUGCACUGCCACUGUCUUGAUAUCUUUAUUAACCAAGCCUUUGACAUGCAGCGAGACCUGCAGAUUACUCCCAAACGUCUGGAAUAUACUCGAAAAAAGGAGAAUGAGUUAUAUGAAUCAUUGAUGAGUAUUGCCAACCGAAAGCAGGAAGAAAUGAAGGAUAUGAUUGUUGAAACACUUAACACCAUGAAAGAGGAACUUCUGGAUGAUGCUACCAACAUGGAGUUUAAAGAUGUCAUUGUCCCUGAGAAUGGAGAACCAGUGGGCACCAGAGAGAUCAAGUGCUGUAUCCGACAGAUCCAGGAGCUCAUCAUCUCCCGGCUUAAUCAGGCAGUGGCUAACAAGCUGAUCAGUUCAGUAGAUUACCUACGUGAGAGCUUCGUUGGAACCCUGGAACGAUGUCUGCAGAGCCUGGAGAAAUCUCAGGAUGUCUCAGUUCAUAUCACUAGUAAUUAUCUCAAACAGAUCUUAAAUGCUGCCUAUCAUGUUGAAGUAACCUUUCACUCAGGGUCCUCGGUUACAAGGAUGCUGUGGGAGCAAAUCAAGCAGAUCAUCCAGCGCAUCACAUGGGUGAGCCCACCUGCCAUCACUCUAGAAUGGAAGAGGAAGGUGGCCCAGGAAGCCAUCGAGAGCCUCAGUGCCUCCAAAUUGGCCAAAAGCAUUUGCAGCCAAUUCCGAACUCGACUCAAUAGUUCUCACGAGGCUUUUGCAGCCUCCUUGCGACAGCUGGAAGCUGGCCACUCAGGCCGGCUAGAGAAAACUGAAGAUCUAUGGCUGAAGGUUCGGAAAGAUCAUGCCCCUCGCCUGGCCCGCCUUUCUCUGGAGAGCCGUUCUUUACAGGACGUCUUGCUGCAUCGUAAACCUAAACUGGGACAGGAACUGGGCCGGGGCCAGUAUGGUGUGGUAUACCUGUGUGACAACUGGGGCGGACACUUCCCUUGUGCCCUCAAGUCAGUUGUCCCUCCAGAUGAGAAGCACUGGAAUGAUCUGGCUCUGGAGUUUCACUACAUGAGGUCUCUGCCAAAGCAUGAACGAUUGGUGGAUCUCCAUGGUUCAGUCAUCGACUACAACUACGGUGGUGGCUCCAGUAUCGCUGUACUCCUCAUUAUGGAGCGGCUGCACCGGGACCUCUACACGGGGCUGAAGGCUGGACUGACCCUGGAGACACGUUUGCAGAUAGCACUAGAUGUGGUAGAGGGAAUCCGCUUCCUACACAGCCAAGGACUUGUCCAUCGUGAUAUCAAGCUGAAAAAUGUGCUACUGGACAAGCAGAACCGUGCCAAGAUCACUGACUUAGGAUUCUGCAAGCCAGAAGCCAUGAUGUCAGGCAGCAUUGUGGGGACACCAAUCCAUAUGGCCCCUGAACUUUUCACAGGCGCCCGCCCAGAACGUCUUCCUGUAUUUGAUGAAGAGUGCUGGCAGUUGAUGGAAGCCUGCUGGGAUGGCGACUCCUUGAAGAGACCUCUCUUGGGCAUUGUUCAGCCCAUGCUCCAGGGCAUCAUGGACCGGCUUUGCAAGACAAAUUCUGAGCGGCUAAACAGAGGACUAGAUGAUUCUACUUGAAAGCAAAGACCUUUCUCUUUUACUCUCUAUUUCUUCCUUCCCCUCACCUUUUGGCCAUGGGGAGAAUUUGAUGUGUAUGGGGCGCUCCUGAGGUAAUUGGUGCUCGUUGGGCAACUUGAGACCCUCCCAGGCAGAGAUGACUCCAGAACAGUGAAGAGUUGGGUGACUGAGCAUAUUUGGCAGUUCACUGAAACUUUGAGCUAUCCCUUUAGCAAAAAAUGUCUAAGACAUGUAAAAGUGGAGGAAUGUGAUAGUCUGGCCUCAGAGCUGAGACGGAGGCAAAUGUUGCCAUUGUCUACUCACUGAAUAUGCUUCCAAGACAACAAGUGGGACACUGCAAUGGCAGUAGUAUUAAAAAUUCUCGUUUUUAAUUCCUGGCUCUAGCUAGGAAUCGUUUAGUCAAGACCCUUAGAAAACUUGAGUUUAGUUUUAAGAUUGUGAGAACAUGGGGACCAAAAAAAUAAUAAUAAUGACUGGAUGUCUGGCUCUUGCUAACUGUAACCAGGGGUCUAAGCAACAGCCAGAAACCCUGGUGAGGGAGCUAGACACAAAGCCAUCUUUUCCUCACAGUGCCAGUGUUUACAAAUAUAGACCACAUAGCACUGAUUUCUGGGGGAGAGUUUCACUGUUACAUCACUAAGAGGCCAAAAAAAAAAGAAAGAAAGAAAAAGAAAAGAAUGUGUAUGCAUAUGUAAGUGUGUGUGUAUGUAUAUAUAGAUAUACAUAAGCUAUAGGAUUUGAGCUACUACUAACCCCAGAACAGAAUCUGUUCUUCUACCUUGAAUCUUUUCCUUACCCUCCUCCCAUUUUGUCUCAAGGUGGGAAAGCUUCAGAUGACAUGGUACUUAGUAGUAAGUGUCUGAGUAAAACCAAUCCAACAUUAAGUAUCUGGGUGAGACCUGAGAAGUAAGAAAUGAUCCAGAGGCUAUGGCCUACAUACAAACCUGCUGGAAGGAUACCAGUUUGUUUUUACAGUUUAACAAAAUCAGAAACUCUUCAUUUUUGCUUGAAUCAAAUACACUGAUGCUUUUAUUUUUAUUUUAUUUUUCUGAGUUGGAGUCUCACUCUGUCACCCAUACUGGAGUGCAGGGG